UGACAACCUCUCUCUUGCAGAUGGCGCGGGUGCAGCUUCUGCUCGCCGCCCUGCUGCUGGCGGGGGCAGGGACCAUGCCCUACCGGUGCGACGCCGCCGCCGUGACGCCGGCCGAGCAGAGCUCCGCAGAGGACCGCGUCGACGCCGAGGCCGACGCCGACCCCGGCACGGGCGGCAGCAGCUUCUUCGACACGUUCAUGGCCUUCCUGGGGAGCAGCGCGCUGCACAAGACACAGGCCGCCGACGACGGCCAGGGCGAGGACUCGGUCGUGGCGGCGGCCAGCGACACCCAGCAGCAGCAGGUGGAGCAGGGGCGCAGCCUGUACGGUGGCGGCCUCGUGGCCGGGGCGCCCCUCCAGGACGGCGGCCAGGCCGACCGGGUGAAGCGCACGGGGGCACUGCCAGUCUCCCUGCUCAGCGGCGUGGUCAAUCACAAGCUGGGCUACCUCAGCAGCAAGGGCUCGCACCACGUUCACUUCCACAACUACAACACCAAGUGUGACAAACCACACUUCAGCCUGUGGGAGUUCAAGAAGGCCAUCCUGCACAAGCUCCUCGAGGCCGCCAAGGCCGUCGGCGGAGGCGUUCUGGCGCUCAAGGGCAAGCUGCUGACCGCCAAGGGCCACCUGGUGGCCGCCAAGGGCCGCAAGCUGGCCACCAAGGGCGAGGAGCUCACCGAGUUCGGCAAGGGCGUGCUGGCCAAGGCGCUGGGCCACGGCGGCCACACGGAGGAGGUGCACCACUCCGCGCCGUCCGCGCCCUCGGGCCCCGCGGCGCCCGCGCACUACGCGGCGUACGGCGCGCCGCCCCUCGCGGCCGCGCACUUCCAGGGCUACAACUACCCCGCUCCCCAGUACCUGCCGGCGGCGGGCGGCGCGCCCAGCGGACACGGCUACAAUGCGGCAGUGUCGCUCCUCGACGAGUACAGCCGCGCGGGCUUCGGCCACGCCCCCGCGCACGCUCACGCCCCCGCCAACACGCACGCGCACGGCGCGCUGCACCGCACGGGCCAGGCCCCCACUGGGCCCUCGGCCACCGGCCCGGCAGGCACCCUCCCGGGUAACCUGCAGGCCGGGCUGCUGGUGCUGCAGCCCGCCCCGUCGGCGCCGCAGCGAUCGGGCAGCGUGGCGGCGGCCUCCAGUCCGCACUCGGCCACCGUUCCGGCCCCCGGGUCUGCCGCCCCCGGCACCCUGGCACUCUACGCGUCUCAGGACUCGUCAGCGCACGCAGCCUCUCCCUCGCAGCCGCUCGUCCUCGCCCCCGAGUACAUGGACGCCAUGUCCACUGCGGAGAUGUCCAACAAGGUGCGGAGGUACGCUUCGAGGAGAUCCAUCGACCUGGCGAUGGCGGCCGUGGUGCGAGGUCUCCAGGGCUCCGACUUGCUCCUGCACCCAGACAUCCUGCGCUCCGCGGCCACGCGUAUUGCCGGCAACCCGUAAUAGUGCCACGAGCCCUGUGCUUCCGACAGCAGAAUGAAAUGACUGUGAUCAUCAUAAUUUAAUGACCCUUCUUUUUUUAACGACCGUAGAUGGGGUAGACUUUUGUUCAUGACAAAACCAUGAACUGGUCAAGUACAGUUGAGUUUUAAAUUCUGAAUCCUAGUGGACAAUGGAACAAUGAUCGAUUUAAAACGCCUCAUGCGCUGGACAACUACUCGAGGCAUUAUGAAUAUUUACGUAGUAUACAAAGUUCAAUUUAGUUUUUAGAUGCUGCCAUUUUUAUUUAUUUCCCUGAGUGAAAGUGAAUUUGUACACAAAGAUUAGCUAUAGGUUUGCAAUUAAGAUGUAUGCUCUUAUUUUAUUUUUUAGAAUUAGGGUUUAAAAGUUAGGAUUAAUAAAGAGGGAUUGCCACCACAACAAAGUUAAAACCCCUGUAACACAGAUCAGUUUUUCUUUACUCACGGCUAAUAACUGUGAAAGUGUAAUAUAGAAGCAAACUCUGGUUGAAAAUUCCCCCUAGUCAUAGAAAUGACUUAGUAGCUGAAUAACUGUAGUUUGGUCCCAUUCUUCCAUUCCUUACAAGCUAAAUAUCAAUUUGUUUACUGCUAGUUUUGAAAGGUAAGUUAAGCAGAAUGAUUCUUUAUGUAAGAUAAUUUAAUUAAUAAUGCACAAAAAUAAUAACUUUUACAAACUUGUGAUAACUCAAGUGAACUGUACGACAAAAGUAGAGAACCAAAAUAGUCUAAAUUAUAAUGGAACUGUUUCAAAACUGCUGUUUAUUUUCAAAUAUAUGUCAACGAUGGAAUAAAUAAAGAAACUGCUCAAUUGUGUCA